AUGGGUGGAGUAACUUUUUUAAAAGAAGAUGAGCAGGAAGACUCUAGCGUGCCUUCCAGUGCUAGCAGUUCAGAGGUGACGGUGUCAGUGACAGGUGCACCACCGCCUGCUUCCACAGAAGGAGAUGAAGAAAUUGUCCAAGAUGGAGAAGCAGAAAACAUCUCAGAGAAUGAAGAGCCACCACUUUCCCUGCUAGAUGUGCUGAGAAUCUCUGCGGUUCUCGAAGAUGCCCUAGACCAGCUCUCUAUUCUAAACUACGUCAUGUCAUAUCAUUUUGAAAAAAAUUACUCUUCCAGCUUGAGAAGCAGAGAAGGGACUUUAGAAGGAAGAGGUCCAGAAAAAUCUCAAGUGGUUGCAGCAAUGUUAAAAACGAGUCCAGUCCCUAAGGAAAGACCUACUUUUGAAGACAGACCAGGAGGUCAAUUUGCAGUGGGCUCUAACAAAAUGCAAGAUGUGAUCUUCAAAAGGCCUAUAAGGCAGACCAUAAUUACCUCAGAGACACUGAAGAAAAUUCAGACAGAUAGGCAAUUUUUCAGUGACGUCAUCUCAGAAACCAUGCAGGAGUUGGAAGAUUCAGGCACUUUCAACACUCUUUUGAAAACCUUGAGCAAAGAGAGGGAAAACAAAAUGCAUUUCUAUGAUAUCAUUGCUAGGUCAGAGAAAGGCAGGAAACAGAUAAAAUCUCUUCAAAACCAGCUACUUGAUGUAAAAAAAGAACGGCAAGUUGAAGUGCAGAGUCGAAAUGAUUAUAUUGCUCACCUCAAGGACCAGUUGCAGGAGAUAAAGGCAAAAACCAACAUGGAGAGUCGUUAUAUGAAGAAAAACACUGACCUACAGAUUGCCCAAACCCAAAAAAAGUGUAACAAAGCCGAAGAACAGCUGCUGGAUGAGAUUGAGAAGCUGAGGAUGAAAACUGAGGAAGAGAACCGGAUUCAUAUAGAGAUCGAAACGUUCCUCAAGAAGGAGCAGCAGAAACUUGAUGAGAAGCUUGAGUUCUGGAUGGAGAAGUAUGACAAGGACACAGAAAUGAAACAGAAUGAACUAAAUGCUCUCAAACUUGCAAAGGCCAGUGACCUAGCACACCUACAAGAACUUGCAAAGACGCUAAGGGAGUAUGAACAAGUCAUCAUUGAGGAUCGGAUAGAAAAGGAUGCAGUCAGGAAGAAGAUUGCACUGGAAGACCUGGAAUUAAAGAGCGCCUUAAAGAUCCAGGCCUGGUGGAGAGGGACUGUGAUACGGAAUGAGAUUGGUUCUUUCAAGAUGCCCAAUAAAGACAAAGAUGGCAGCAAGGAACCAAAAGGCAAAGACAAGGAGAAGCGGAGAGGCAAGAAGUGA